GUAAAAAAUCGAAAAGUAUAAGGGAAAAAAAAAAUAGUAGAAAAAAAAAUCAGGAAGGAAAAUUCCAUAGAUUUUAAGAAUUUCAUUUUCCAUAUCCAGAAAGGUGAGGACCGAGGACUGCACUGUCCGCCCGCCUUCUCUCUCAUCUUCACUCACAUUUGAGUGGGCCCCACUCCCUUCUCUGUUCUCCACUCACUGUCACUCACGGAUGUGGCUUCCUUUGUUUUAAAAAAGGAAGAAAAAUACAAUAGUUUUCACUGAGCACCGUGUGGAAGAAGCAGAAUACAAUAUGGCAAGAGUUGAUAGCAUACAGAAAUCCAUCUGCAUCCUUGUUCUGCUUAUACUGCAACAUUGUUACGGGGCAAUCAAAGGUGAAGCACAAGCAGUAUCCAGCAGUCUUCCUGCUGAUGAGAUUGAAGCUCUACAAGAAAUAGCAGCACAAAUAGGGAAGAAAGACUGGAACUUUAGCGAAAACCCCUGCAGCUCUACUAAUUCAAGCAGCUGGAUGGUUAAGCCAAGUCCCGACCAAGGGGUGUACCCGUCUACUGUCUUUUGCAAUUGCUCCUUCAGUGGCCGUGUUUGCCACGUGCAAAACAUAUCUCUUCAAAGGCAAGAUCUUUCUGGUGUGCUUCCACCAUCUCUGGCCAAGUUACCACACAUCAAACAUGUUGAUUUCUCGCUAAACUACCUUAGUGGUAACAUUCCCAAAGAAUGGGCUUCAAUGAAGUUGGAACAACUGGUCCUCGCUGUGAACAUGUUAUCAGGAACAAUCCCUUACUACCUUGGAAAUAUAACCACUCUAAUACAUCUGAACAUGGAGAACAAUAUGUUUUCUGGAACUGUUCCCUCUGCGCUUGGGAAUUUGGUCAACCUGGACUUUCUUAAUCUUAAUUCUAACUAUCUCACCGGAGUGUUGCCUAUAUCUCUCACUAAUCUCAGCAAAUUGACAGUAUUAAAAAUUAACAGCAACAACUUCACAGGAAGAAUACCCGACUUUAUUAAGAAUUGGAAAAGUCUUAGCAGAUUAAAUAUGCAAUCCAGUGGUUUUGAAGGGCCAAUUCCUUCUGAUACUAUAUCCAUGCUGAAUAAUUUAACUGAACUCAGACAGAUAAGCGACUUGAAUAAUGGAGAAGGCUCAGAGUUUCCACUCUUAAGAGAUAUGAAGAAAUUGAAAGACUUGAUGUUAAGAAGCUGCAAUCUCUUUGGACCAAUUCCUCCAUAUUUAUCCGACAUGAAGCAACUUAGAUUCUUAGAUCUUAGCUUUAACAAAUUGGAAGGAAACAUUCCAGAAUUUAAAGAUCAGUUGGCUUCCUUACAAACAGUGUACUUCACAAGCAACCGGCUCAAUGGGACUAUUCCUAAUUGGAUCAUAGCAAGAACAACAAAUUAUCGUCAAAGAACAGAUCUUUCCUACAACAAUUUUUCUGAGAGCUCUAAGCAACCUAGCUGUACAGAUACAUUGAAUUUAUUCAGAAGCUUUUCCUCACAUGGAAACUCAACACCUAUGGAGUGCAUGAAGGACAGAGUCAAACCAUGCUCAGAAGAUCAAUACUCAUUACACAUAAAUUGUGGUGGAAAUCCAACCACAGUUGGAGGCAUCUAUUAUGAAGGGGACAUAAACGAUGCAGAUUCAGCAAAGUUGAUCUUCCCCUCAGAUAAUACUUGGGGAAUUAGUAAUACUGGAAGCUUUGGUAGUCGGACUGAGUACACAACCAAAAAUGUAUCUAAACUCGAGAUGAAUAACUCUGAAUUAUACACUAGUGCACGUCUCUCUGCUCUUUCUCUCACGUAUUAUGGACAAUGCUUAGCAAAUGGAAAUUACACCGUCAAACUUCACUUUUCAGAGAUAACAAUUAGAGACAAUAAAUCCUCUCAUAGUCUUUCAAGACGGAUAUUCGAUGUUUAUAUUCAAGACAAAUUGGAGUUAAGGGAUUUUGACAUUAAAAAAGAAGCAAAGGGGGUUGACAAGGAACUCGUCAAAGAAUUCAAAGCUAUUGAGGUGAAGGAUAAAAGUAUAGAGAUUCGAUUUUAUUGGGCUGGUAAAGGAACAACUUCUGGACCAAGAAAAGGAACAUUUGGUCCUCUUAUAUCAGCUAUCUCUGUGGUAUCUGAGUUCAACCCUCCAGUAGAACCAGUACAUUCUAAGGAGUCUCGAAAUUCGCAUGUAAUAGUGAUUGCAGCUAUCGUUAGUGUAUUAUGUCUCAUUUGCGUUACAUUAGGCAUCCUCUGGUUGAAAUGCCAUUUCAAUGCAUCAAGGGAUAAAGGUGAUGAGUUAAGACGUCUAGAUCUUCAAACUGGGUUUUUUAGCUUUAGACAAAUUAAAACUGCUACAAACAACUUCGACCCUACAAACAAAAUUGGAGAAGGUGGUUUUGGAACAGUCUACAAGGGUACACUGUCGGAUGGCACAAUAAUUGCAGUUAAGCAACUUUCUGCAAAGUCAAAGCAAGGAAAUCGUGAAUUUGUGAAUGAAAUAGGGAUGAUUUCUGGUCUACAGCAUCCAAAUCUUGUUAGAUUAUAUGGAUGUUGUAUUGAAAGAAAUCAACUGUUGUUGGUGUAUGAAUACAUGGAAAAUAAUAAUCUUGCCCGAACUCUGUUUGAAGAAGGAGGGUUGAAACUGGACUGGCCUACAAGGCGAAAUAUAUGUAUUGGUAUAGCAAGGGGUCUUACUUUCUUACAUGAGGAAUCAACGUUGAAAGUUGUUCAUAGAGACAUCAAGACAACCAAUGUACUACUUGAUGGGGAACUUAAUCCCAAGAUAUCUGAUUUUGGUUUGGCCAAACUUGACGAAGAGGAAAAUACUCACAUUAGCACCAGAAUUGCUGGAACCAUAGGAUAUAUGGCACCAGAGUAUGCACUAUGGGGUUACUUAACCUAUAAAGCAGACGUCUACAGUUUUGGUGUUGUUGCAUUAGAGAUUGUUGCUGGGAAGUACAACAUGAAAUAUCGACCAACUGAGAACUACGUAGGCCUUGUAGAUUGGGCCCUUGUUCUACAGCAAAAAGGAGAUUUAAUGGAGUUUGUGGAUCCAAAAUUGGAGUCUGAUUUCAACAAGGAAGAGGUAGUUAGAGUGAUCAAAGUGGCACUAUUAUGUACCAACUCAUCACCAGCGCUUAGGCCUACAAUGUCGGCGGUACUGAGCAUGCUUGAAGGCCAUACAGUUGUUCCAGAAUUGAUCAUGGAUCCCAGUAUUUAUGGUGAUCCAUCAAGGUUAGAAGCCAUAAAGGAGCAUUUUGAGCAAAUUACACAGCAAUUGCCAUCUGAGACUCAAAGCCUCAUUGAUUCAUCAGUACUUGUGGACUCUUCUACUACAUCUUCCCAGGAUCACCAUUAAAAUAGUCUAAAUUAUUCGCAAUGAUAAAGUUCUAUUACCUUUAUAUGUAUGUAUAUACAUACAAGUUCAUAUGAGAAUUUUAAUUUAAAAACAUUGUAAGGAUUCAAAUGUAUUUUUUUAAAAAUAGAUGAGCAUAUAUUUAAAUUUU